AUGCAGACUGCUUCUACAAACAUUUGUGAAAGACUGUGCAAUAAGUCCAUCUAUGAAAUUUCCUUGCUACUAAAUAUUCCACGGUCAACUGUUAGUGGUAUUAUAACAGUGGAAGCAAUUGAGAACAACAGCAACUCAGCCACAAAGUUGUAGGCCACGUAAAAUGACAGAGUGAGGUCAAGGCAUGGUGAAAGGCACAGUGUGCAAAAGUCACCAACUGUCUGCAGAGUCAAUAGCUAAAGAACUCCAAACUUCAUGUGACCCUCUGAUUAGCACAACAACAGUGCAUAGAGAGCUUCAUGGAAUGGGUUUCCAUCGCCGAGCAGCUGUAUCCAAGCCUUACAUUACCAAACAAAGC